UCUUAGCGUUGCCCAGCGACGACUGUGUACCCUUCAUGUGAAAACCUAACUUAAUAGUUAGCGUUAGCUGAAAACAUUUUCACCCCAAAAAGUACUCACUUUGAGUGCUAAAGUAUCUCAUCUCCGAGUUUUCAUCAUGAAAUAAUGAAGGAAACAAUGAGUCAACCGUUUUCUUCAGCGUCUCCUAGCUGCUGCCCCCCAGGGUCCCACAAUGACGCUUCCUUUGCUAAGGCUCCCAGCUGCGAAGAGCUAGAAGGAAACAGAGAUAUGGAGAAGGAUGGCGUUUUAACUGCUGAGGUGGUCUCCAGCUCUGUGUCCAACACUGGGCGCUUUGGCACUGUGCUGCAACACCUGUCUCUGCCUAAUCACAAUCUGAGUGACAUCUCUGUUUUAUGCAACUAUGUCCAUCUUCAAAAGCUGGAACUGCCACAAAACAAAAUUAGAGAUUUAUCCUGUGUGAGCCACAUGCCCUACCUCGUCAUCCUGGACGCUUCUCAUAAUGAAAUCUCCAACUUCUUUGGAUUCCAGCCACCCAAGAAUCUAAAGGAAGUCAAUUUCUCCCACAACCGUAUGACAAAUAUGAAGGAUUUGUCAGCUUAUUCAUCUCUUAGUAAACUGGAUCUGGGCUACAACAGUUUCAGUGAGAUCAGUGGUCUUGAGCAGUGUUGCAGGCUAACUCAUCUCAGCCUGGCACACAACAAGAUCUCGAGGAUCAGCGGCCUGGACAGUCUGCCUCUCACAAACCUCUGCCUUAGGGGGAACCAGCUGGAGAGGAUAGAAGGAUUGGAGAAUCUAAAGAGUCUGCAGGUUCUUGACUUGUCUCUGAACCGCAUCACCAGUCUUUCUGGCCUCCAGAAUCUCCACCUACUGGGCUCCAUCAAUCUGGAGAAAAACCUGGUUAGUGAAAUUCAGGAGUGCAAACACAUUCAUGAUCUUUUCCUGUUGAGGGACUUCAACCUGCUGGGAAACCCUGUACAGGAGCAACCUGAUUACAGACUGGCAGUCGUCUUCCUCCUUCAACAUCUGACUGUGCUGGACCAAGACAAAGUCACUGCUGAAGAAAAGGUGUCAUCCGUAAACAAGUAUGACCCUCCUUUGGAUGUGGUGGCUGCCAGGGAUCACAUGACCCACCUGGUUUAUCAGCUGAUGCAGCCCCAAGUGGUCUAUGACAGUAGUACUUUGCCCAGCGCAGACUCUCCAUAUCCUAUGCUGGUUCUGACCGGUCCUCAAGGCUGUGGGAAGCGAGAACUGGUUCACAGACUGUGUCAGGAGUUCAGCGAAUACUUUGCCUAUGGAACCUGUCACACCACAAGGGGGCCCUACUUUGGAGAGGAGAAUGGAAUUGAUUACCAUUUUGUCAGUGAGGAAGAUUUUCAGAACAUGAUUCACAUGGGUAAGUUUAUCCAGACCAUGCAGUAUGGGGGUCACAGGUACGGUCUGACCAGAGAUGCCAUAGAGGAUGUAGCCAGAGAAGGUCUAGCCUGCUGUGUACAUAUGGAGCUAGAGGGUGUGUUCAGUCUGAAGAACAGCUACUUUGAACCUCGAUACAUCCUGCUCAUCCCCACCCAGGUGGAGAAGUACAUAGGCCACCUGAAAAGCCGUGAUCUCUAUACCCCAGCACAGAUUGAGAUGGCGGUGUCACGUGUGGAGCUCUACGUCAAUACCAAAAGGCAACGACUGGGAUUCUUUGAUAAUGUUAUCCCCUGUGAUGACUGGGAAGAAGCCUAUCAGACACUGAGGCAGGUAGUGAAGGAGUACCUUUUGCUAGAGGAGCAGGAAGAAGGACAAAACAACAACAGGGCAUCCCCAGACAGCACCUCCACAGGUAACGAGCCAGAGGAGAAUCCACCCUCACCCCUGUCAAGGUCAGGAUCAGGCACACUCACAUCAAACUCUGCCACAGCUCUUGACACCUCAGAUCCAUCUUACAGAAACUAUUUUACCAAGAUCCAGGCAGAGCUAAGCCCUCCGAAGAGCCCCGCUGAGCUAGCUUCCAUAAGGAGGCGUGAGCAGCUGGUAAGAGAGGCUAUAGUGGGGAAGAGUCCAGGGGUCUACAGCCAGCUCUUCAAAAGCUUUGCUCAGACAGCACCAUCAUCCCUGCAUAAUCAUGAUCCUGGUACCCAAUUUAGUGAGGACAGCAGCAGCUCGAAUGAGUCCCGUGCUAGUUCAGCACUGUCUGUGCCCAGUUCAGCCGGGGCCUUCUCUGGCUUAGCGGAGCCUCUAGAUAUAUCUGUCCUGGGACACGCCUUGGAAACACUCAAAGACCAAACUCCAGAAGCCCCCUGUCCAAGCACAGAUCAGCUGACUGUGGACGUCUCUCCCUCUUCUGAGAGACGUCCUGGAUCCAACGCCAAGGCCAUCCUGCCACCAAUCCCCACUGGACGCAAGACCCCUGCGCCACCCAGCCCAGCUCCUUCACCCGGACCCUGCCCAAACCCAGCAGGAGAAGGAGGAGAUGCAGACAGGGAGGGAUAGCUUAAAAGGUUUUAGGGUAUCUGAUAUCUAACAAAAUAGCAAAAAUUCAGUAAUUUUUAUUAACAUUAGAAGAAAAUGAGAUGAUUUGUAAUAAAAAAUAUAAAAUAUAAGCUUGGCAUCUGCCUUGAUAUCUGCAAAAGUUAACAGUCAACCACAAAAACACAGAUUUUUUGCUCUCUUACCAUAAACUACACAGAUUGUGAUGCAAUAUGCCUAACCAAACACUUGAUGUUAGAUUUUACUGUCAACACUUGCCUUUUUCCUGUGACCUGAUUGCUCAUGCCACAACACGUCUGGAUCUUUUGCACUUGCUAUAGACUGUAUACAUGGCAAGUGAUGGCAUUAAUAGCCAUAUAUAAGGUGACUACAGUAUAAUUAUAGGCAAAGUUGUGGCUUUCCUAUUUGUGGAAUUGCUCACUGGCCUGAGGGUAUACAGUGUUGACACACAUUAAGAUUUAGGCUCAAACACAGACUGACGAGCAUGUCUUUCAGUCAUGAUAAAUAUAGCACCGUGUUGAAGAAAAUAGCUCUUCAUAUGAAUAUGUUCAGAUUCAAGACUAAAGGAGGUAUCUUGUUAUAUUGGAAAGGUGAACACAAUAUGUGGUACACACGUCAUGUUUAAUGAAUUUUCUUGACAGUAAAGUGGCAUUAUAUUUUCUACUGUUCACUAAUCUCAUCAAAUAUGAUUUUCCAUUGACACCUAGAUACUGAUCUUUUGUUUGAAACCGUGGAGCUCUUGUCAUUGAAUGAUAAAUACAUCAUUAAUCUUUAUCUCUUCCGAUGGGAUUAUUUAUUCAACUGGAAAUGCAUUCAUAUGGAAGUUGUUGACAGGUAUUAAACAGUGAGCCAUCACAAACAAGUUAGUGUGUGUGUGUGUGUGUGUGUGUGUGUGUGUGUGUUGCACAGAGCCUAGCACACGUGCACCCAUAUGUUUGUAAAUUUUGUGUGUUCAUUUUUGAUUCAUUGUAAAAUGAAAUUGUCAUCUGUCAGAUAUAUGCAUUGCUUAUUUAACACCAGUGUGCUUGUAGGUGCAUGUGAAUGUGCACAUACAGUAUGCAUGUUCUGUUUCCUGGGCUGUAUGUGUGAACGCAGCACUUCUACUCACACAUACACACAAAACACACCUGGCCAUCCAUCACUGUCUGCCGUCCUCUCAGGCAGCAGAUGUUGCAACCCUGUCAUAAUUCUUUGGCAGUUUGAAACCAGACAGUGUCUCUAGGGCCCCUGAGGUCUAACCUACUUACACCACAGUGUGCAAAUCUUACUAUAGCUUAUCAUGGACUGUUGUAUUCGUGUGCAUUAACAUUACACUGGAUAAAGCAAUGUGCAUGAUGAAUGUUUGCAAAAGCCUUUAAGUGUAGUAUAGCAUGAGGUACAGAUGAGAGUAUGAAUGACUGUGAUCUUUACUUCUUGUCAUUCUGAAUGUGUAAUCAUAUUUAACCUCUGAUAAUCUACAUGCCCUUGCCUCUGCUUGUUAAUCUAUUUUUCAUGCAUCUGUUUCUGUCUCUCUCAUUGUGACCUGUUUGCAGUGUUCGAUUGCGUGACUACAGCAGCUGCGUCAGUCACAAAUGUUCACAAAUGUUUAACUGGUGCAGUAAAGGUAGCUGUAAUAGCAA